AUGUUCUGGUCAAAAACUUGUGUCCAACACAACGGCUUCUUUGGAUCAAAGGCAUCGGCAUACACUUCGAAUGCAGACACUUCGCACAUUUACCCAGUUCAACUGGAGACCUGGUUCCGCAUGAUUGUCAAGUCGAUAAAAGCGACACCGAAGAAUGUCGACUUUACGCAAUAUCAAUGGUAUGAGAUGUCCUUCAUCUCUACCUUGAGCAAUGAUCGAAACAUCAUGUUGUGUUUUGAUACGCCUGGAUCUUUGACCUGGAACAUGCUCAACGUGCUCUCGGAAGAUGAGAACAAGGAUAUCGCUACUGGACCAUACGGCCUACAUCAACUGCUGCUCGAACAACUGAUGGUCAUGUAUGACGAAAGCGUCUGGGACAUUGCAAGAAUCAUGCGAAACAAUGAGAAGAGCAAGNNGGAUUUACACUACUUUAUCAAGCUCUACGAAGACUCCAGACACACCGUCCACUCGAUCGAAGCAACACAAGAAGCAACCAAAGUGGUCGAGUGCAUCGCUCAGCAGUGUCAGAUCUUAGCUACAAGACAAUCUGCACACCAAGAACUUCUCUCAUCACGAGUUGACAUGUUGAGAUUUCACCACACGAUGAUGCAAGGCUUUCUCGCUAGGGCAGUAUCAAACGACAGACGCAUGGGCAAUGAGCAAAACCUGACCUCAAACCUCAUGACCCAACUCGACGCAAAAACAAACGUCGACAUUGCAAUGGCCACAAAAGACGACGGGGCAGCCAUGAAAACAAUCGCCAUAGUAACAAUGAUCUUCCUCCCCGCCACCUUCGUGUCCGCAUUGCUAGGCAUGAAUUUCUUCAAUUUCAACCCAGACGAGCAUGGCGGACACAUGACGUAUUCUCACGACUUGUGGAUUUACUUUGUCAUUUCCAUUGUCUUGACGUUGGGGUUGUUUGCGCUUUGGUGGGUCUGGCAGAGGUAUAGGCAAAGGGUGCUGGCGAGUUCGAGGUUGGAGCAGAACAAUGCCAUGGAGAGUGCCUAUGCCGUGUUGCAAAAGACUUGA